AAAACAGAUCGGAGACUAUAAAUUACAAAACUACUCGGCGUCUCGGCGGAGAGGUGAAUUCGCAGACGAACAUUCCGCUCCCAUCGCAUCUGUAACAAUGGAAGCGCGCCAUGCAACUCUUGGUCGACGAACGUUGGAGGAAAUUCGGCAAAAGAGGGCCGCGGAGAGAUUGAGUAAAACCUCUUCGGGACCAGAUCUCACGCAGGUUCCCAGCACCUCCGAGAUUGCGGGAAUGAGCAAGUCCGAGAGCGCAAAUAAGCUCUCUGAGACAGAUCUUAGUGCUCUAUUGUCUCAAUUGAAAGGACUGCAAAAGAAGAACACGGAGUUGGAGGAAGAAAACACAAAAAUUAGUUUAAAGCUUCAAACGAUGGAAAUUGAUAAUGAGACAAUGCACAAGCAAUUAAAUGAUGUGGAACAAAAUACAGUGCCAUCUCUAAGGAAAGCUCUGAGGGAUGUCGCAAUGGAGAAAGAUGCUGCAGUUGUUGCACGGGAGGACCUUUCAGCACAGCUUCGUACCCUGAAGAAACGUCUUAAGGAAGCAGAAGAUGAGCAAUAUCGUGCCGAGGAAGAUGCAGCAGCGUUGAGAGCAGAAUUGAACUCAAUUCAGCAACAAGCAAUGACUAAUACAGUUAGCACAAUUUCAUCAUUUGGUAAUCCACCCGAUCAUUUUCAAAUUCAAAGAUUACAAAAGGAGCUAGAUGAUUUAAAACUGGAACUGCAGCGAGAAUCACUUUUGAGGCACCAGGAGCAGGAACAAUUAGCAAAAGAGCAAGCCUGCAUUGCCUCACUGAUAUCUGAAAAGCAGGAGUUGGAAGAGAAACUCAUGUCCAUAUCUAGAGAGCCUGCAGAAGCCUCAGAUAAAGCUUCUCACAAAGCAUUUUCUUUGGAAGACAAGCAGAAACUUGAUAGGCAGUUGUAUGAUAUGGCUUUAGCCAUUGAGAGGUUGGAAAGCAGUAGGCAGAAACUUCUAAUGGAGAUUGACUCACAAUCUACAGAAAUAGAGAGGCUUUUUGAGGAAAAUUCUAGUCUCUCAAAUUCAUACCAAGAGGCAAUUGGAGCAGCAGCGAGAUGGGAAAACCAGGUGAUGGAUUGUCUUAAGCAAAAUGAAGAGCUUCGUGGGAUUCUAGAUAAUUUGAGAAUGGAACAGGCUAGGGGUUUGCCAGACUCUUCUAAAAAUGGGGCACAUGAGAUUGCUUCCUUGGCAUCUAUGAAGGGCCAACUUGUGACAGAACAGAGCAGAGCAGAGGCGCUAUCUGCAGAAGUCAUGCAGCUUUCUGCUCAACUUGAACAAGUCAAACAAGCAUAUGAUGGUCUUGCACGCUUCUAUAGGCCAGUGCUGCGCAACAUUGAAAGCAAUCUCAUAAAAAUGAAGCAAGACAACUCGUUGGCUGUACGAUGAUGGUAAUGAGCAGUUUCAUGAUGAUAUUCCGGUUGUAAUUGUGAAGCCCUUCUUUGAAGACAUUUCCAAUGCCCACAGAAUUGUUUUUAACCAUUUGAUGUUAUUAGUUUGGUAAAAGUGGAACGAGAUGGCUCAGUAACUGGUGGUAAUGGUUCUUCAUUCUUGAGCUGUUUUGUUUUGUGGUAAUACUCUGCAUAAGAAGCCCUUGUUAUACCCAAACGUGAAUUUGUAAAACUUGUCAUUCUUUAUACUAAUAUUAAUUUGUAAACAAGCACAACCAUUUUAUGGAGUAUGAUUUUGAUGAUA